AUGGCUGGGAACAUUGUGAAAUGGUGGAAACAUAAGAUACUGGGCGGCUACAAACAGUUUACAGUACUCCAAGAAUGCGCCACCGAUUCAGAGGAGCUGAUCUACCCGGGCCGGGCACCGUCGGCGUGUAGCGCCCCACCGGACUUGCUGCUGACCAGCGAUCGCGAGCAAAUGCUGAAGGUGAAAUCGUCCUCCUCGAGUACCGGUGCCGGCACCGGCCAGACCAAAUCAACCGCCCAGCAGCACGUCCAUCACCAUCACCACGGGCAGCAGCAGCAGCACCAUCAUCAGCCGCCCGCUGGUAAUGGCCACAAUCACUCGAUCGUCGCAUCCCAGCAGCAGCAGCAGCAGCAGCAUCAUCACAAAUCCCAAAAGGAUGGCUUCCGGAAGUGUGCCUCCGCGGGGAAGGCCGGUGGUUCUGGUGGCGGUGGAGGGGCGACAAAUACGAUCAACACCACCGCCGCCACGAUCCGGAGUGAUCCCGAUCGGGUGCGAUUAGAGGAAUUCACGUGCGACGUUUCGCUGGAAGACGGCAAAAAGCCCCAGCCGCUGCAGUUUUCCUUCACCCUGUACGAUCUGGACGGUCACGGGAAAAUAACCAAAGAUGACAUUGCCGGGAUAGUGUCAACCAUUUACGAAUCUAUAGGCAAAUCGGUAGUAGUUCCUCACUAUGGUAGCAAAACCAUCAACGUCCGGUUGACGGUGUCACCGGACGGGAAGACGUCGGCCGCCACCAAAACGGCCGCCACAAAGAAGGCCAUAAUCACGCCCCGUCGGCGGUAUCGCGCGCGAAAACUCAUCUCCGACGACGACGGUAGCGAUACGUCCGAGAACUGUCCCCGGUUGCUGCGGAACAGGACGGCAGCGGGUAACACCGGUGCGGGAGCGACCAGCAACAAUCAAACGGUGGCCCAAACCCAACAGCAACAGCAGCAGCAACACCAUCAUCAUCACCACUCGAAGGUGAAGGAGUCGAACCUGUCGAAAGCGGCCGCUCUAGCGGCGGAAGAUGGCCAAGCGAACCGAUCGCUUGGGUUAAGCAACAGCUCGGAAGGAUCAUCCGCUGCCGGACAGCUGCUGGUGGAAGCGUACCACAAUAAUCUCAGCCCCACGGUAACCCUCAAGGGCAGCCCUCUGAACAAUGCCACGACCGUUGCUACGGUCACGGGAAAACCGCGCGAAAACGUGUACGAAAGUAUUAACAACCUAAAGUGCUGCAAUCUGCAGCAAUCGAAGCAACAACCAGUGGCCAACAACACCAGUCAAACGGCCGUUUCGCCGCUUUCCGUGGCCACGGGCCUCAACCAGUCGACCGCAUCGACAGCGGCCCUCCUUUGUCACGAUUGCAUCGAUGGUGCCCCGGCAACGACGGCCACUCUACUACCCACGCUGGAAACGGUCGUUCUACCAGCGGCCGUGGCCACCGGUGCCGGUGCGUUCGGACGCAGCAAACGAAAGCUUGUCCGGAAAACGCGCUCCUCGCGGAAACCAGCAACCGGAAAGCUGACGGCGGAUGACUUUGCUGGGCGGCCACGUGCCCGCAGCCUGUCGGUGGGGAACGAGAACUGCUACGAAAACGUGAUCGGACGGAUGGCGGCCGCCCAGGAGGAGUGCUGGAAGAGCUCGCUCUGCCGGCGGGAGUUGAUCGAGAUCAUACGCGAGAGUAUGGUGAAAAAUAGCCUCUGUUUUCAACCCAAUCGAAAAGCGAUGGAAAGUUCACCAAAGCAUCGCUACCGUUCGCACACGAUCGCAUCCCGCGUCGGAGAUCAGGUGUUUCUAAACUACCACCAUCCGGCCACUGCUGCCCUGAUGGCGGCCAACAAUGGUGCCGUGACUGUGGCGGCUGAAAUGGGUGGUGGAGCGCAGGCGACAACAACGACCACCACCACGACGGCCCUCGUGGCCAUGGCAGCCGGUCAUGAGACGAACCUUUGUGGGUACGAUUCGUACCUCCACAAAACGAUCUGUGCCGGUGGUGCAGGUGGUGGAACGGCUGCAGCUGUCCACCUCAUUAACGGUGGUGUUCAGGCGUUGGCCACCAGCACACCGAAUCGGUUACUCCAGCACCAUCUACAUCAGUCGAAGGCGAAAAGGAAGGAACACCAUCGUACGGUGGCGGCGGCUGCAGGGGCGACGGUUCGAACCACGCAACAUCCCACACCCGUGAAGCUCAGCACGGCCCUUCUCAACCAACAGUACCCGAAUCUCUCGGCCGAGCAGAAGCUGACGCGUUCGAUCAAUCAGGUCGAGCAGUGGCUCGAUCAUCGCAGCCCGAAGUUGCUACCCAAGAUGAAGCUAUCGGAGGAGUUGCGGACCGCUGUCGGGCGGCAGUUGAAACGGAGUAGCAGCAAGGAGGAACUGGCGGCUCACCACGGGAAUCUGUUGCUGCUGGAUAAUCUGAAGAUCAGUGAGGAUAUUGCGGAGAUCGCGGUCGUAACACCGAAGAAGGUGUUCAACAAGGAGUCACUGAUUGCGUCCGCGACGAAGAAGAACAUCAAGACGCACCAUCAGCAAACCCGUCAACCGACGGUUGGUUCGGCACCGGCAGCAGUCGCCGUUGGUGGUGAAAAGCCAGUCUCUCCGGUGGCUGGCAAUACGGCCAUCCCUAACGGAGGCAGUACGCCACAAGUGGUGCAGCUCCAGUACGGAUCCGUGCCAGUUAACGCUGAUCCGAGCGAAUGCGAGAAUCUAAUACGCAUGUCAGACGACGGUGAGGAGGAAGCGCAACAACCGACCACCGGUGUGGCCGUACGCCAUCACCAUCGACACCAUCAGCAACAGUCCCGCUCGCAACCGCAAUCUCCACAGCACCAUCAACAUCACUUCCAGCAGCAGCAGCCUGGCCAACAGCAGCGAUAUUGUGGUAGCGGUGGAGCCCAUUCCGUUUCAUCGGCAUCGGCCGCCUCGACGACGGCCGUCCAUCGGUACGUGCAUGAGCACAUCCACCACCACUAUCACCAUUUCGAGAACGAUCCGGACGAGUCCUGA